CCGGGAGGAUGUUGCGUAUGAGGUAGGUAGUCGGGUAGGAUGACGGGCGGGUGAUACUAUGUGUUCAAACUGGCGGGAGGGGAGGCCAGGUAAGUGGACCGUCCAUUGCACCAGACAGCCAGUUACUGCUUGUGACUGCCGAUGGGAAUGCAGUUCUUACUUAUUGUCGUUGAGUUGACUACAUACGGGGCGGUGCAGCUAGUUUUAGGUUUCCUCGGAUGCGCAUUGGCGAGCAGACGCGAGGCAGACAGCUUGCGAGUUGCCACGUCGAGUUGAAGGAAACAUGUGGUAGCACGGGCCUGGCGGUUGCGGGGAAGAACAUCGCGACAUUCAUCUAGUGCGGGGAGUCGUCGGCUCCGCUAACGUCAUCCACAACGUCUUUUCCCCAAACCAUCUCUUCCGAAAAUGGAGUCUCUCACGAUCACCGCCGCGGUUGUGGGCUUACUGCGAGUCGCGCCGGUAAUAAUCCGGCUGCUUUCCGGGGUCACUGACGCUCCAAGCACCGUUCGCAACGUGCUCAUCGAGGUCAGCGCACUGCACGCCAUCUUCCUCCAGCUCGAGAACUUCGUCGUCACGUUUGCCGAGCAGAACACAGACCGCAAGUCGAGGAUCUAUGUUGAGGACCUAAUGGUUACCCUGACAGGCUACGUGUGCGCCUUCUCCGAGCUGGACAUGGAACUUGGAGGGCUUGGGACUGCCGGCGAUGGCGAUGGAAAUGGCGACGGGGCCGGCUAGGCGCUUGGGAUAGGGUCAAGUGGGCGGCAAAGGAUCUGAAUAUCAUAAGGAUACUGCAGAACUUUCAGAUGCACAAGGCUUCGCUGAAUCUGUUCCUGUCUGUGUAC